GGACUUUAAUUUUUAAGAACAGUUUUCAGUAAAUAAGAUUGAAUAAUAUGAUAGAAUAAAUAAAAUGACGAAUUAAAAAAUUACAACACAUAUGUGAUAUAUUUCCAAUUUGAAAUCAUGGAAAAUUAACUGAUCCUUCAAUAAAAACAGAAUCCAAUGACGUUUCAUCGGACAAACAUCAGACUGACAUCAAUACCGGUGCUAUAGUAUGCAACAUUAUAUAUUAAGUAUCAAAGAAAGUGGCGAAUAAAAUAAUGGAGCAUACAAUUCCGUCCGACAUCCUCGAUGACCUCAGCAGUCGAUUUAUUAUCAAUGUGCCUGAGGAAGAAAGGAAAGACUUGGUACGAAUAUGCUUUCAAAUUGAAUUAGCGCACUGGUUUUACUUGGACUUCUACUGCACCGAAGAGAAUCCCAAGCUGAAGCCGUGUAACAUGAAAGAUUUUGCUACUCACAUAUUCCAGCAUAUACCUUUUUUAAUACCACAUGUGUCACACAUUGAUGCUGUACUCGAACAAUGGAGGGAAUACAAGCAGAAUGUACCGACAUUUGGUGCAAUUGUGUUAAACGAAGAUAUGACCAAGGUGCUUCUGGUUCAAAGCUACUGGGCAAGGAAUAGCUGGAGUUUUCCCAAAGGAAAAGUGAAUGAGGACGAGGAACCUUUGCAUUGCGCCGUACGAGAAGUUUUGGAAGAGACCGGCUUCGAUAUAUCUAACCUGAUCGAUAAGAACGAAUAUAUUGAAUCUAUAAUAAACGAUCAAGUGGUGAGGUUGUACAUAAUCUCUGGUGUGCAACAGGACACCAAGUUUCAGCCGAAAACGCGAAAAGAGAUCAAGAAUGUCGAGUGGUUUGAUGUUGCGGACUUACCGAAUAACAAAAAGGAUAUGACCCCUAAAGUAAAGAUCGGUGUUGGACCCAAUGCAUUUUUUAUGGUGGUGCCUUUCGUCAAACGAAUGAAGCGAUGGAUUCAAGAGAAGCAGCAACGUGAAAGAAACGUCACGACCACCCGAAGACACAGGCAUAAGUCCCUGGGAGAUGUCGAGACGUCGGUUUCGAAGAGUAAACGGCAACAGCAAUUGUUCCCCCACCCGGUACAGAAUGAAAUUCCAGAUUUUAAAGAGUUUAAAAACAAUCGUCAGUCGAACACCUCUCCGGCUCGUAGUCGUCGAGGUAUGCACGAUAAUAAGAAUACUCCGUCGAAGGCUGCGCUGAAGAGGAAUCUAUUCGGCGAUCACGACGAGGAUCAAUCGCCCUUGGUUCUCGCGAAACAGUUAAUAGACAGCCCUCAGCAGCAGCCCUGCGCAUUCUUAAACGACCCUGCGAUUCAAUCGAUCAAGUGUACGGAUUUCAGUUACAAGAUGCAAUCGUCGGAGAAAGAAGCGAAAGGUCCUCGCAAGAAAAGCCUGCCGGAGGGAAAUAUCAAGUCGCUGCUGUUCGGUGAAGCCGCUCGCAAAUUACAAAAGGACUUUAAGACUAUUCCGCCGCCGCCUUUAGAUUUGGAACGCAACUGUUCGCCAUUCAUAACGAAAAAUGUGGACGUUCAGGGCUAUCCCGCCGAAUUUCGCUCGAAAACUUGGGACAGUUUUAAAUUCAAUAGACGGGCGAUUCUCGAUUGUCUCUAUGAUCAUACCGCCGCUGAGGAGGCCCAUGUAAAGAUGAUAGAUAUACGCCAUCAGUAGAGUGGGAUCCGUAUCCUCCACUUCUCUGAGACGCAUCAGAUACUUGGCGACGCUGUCU